UCCUCCACGUGGCGGGCAACAUACCCUGGGGCACGCUAGAACAUGGCGUGAUGUCCACUGCCAAACGACUGGUGCUGAGUUGGCGGGGCCGAAAGCAGUCACAUGAUAGUUCGGUCGGGCGGCUAGUGGGACAUGGCGGAGGCAGCGCCCUGGGCCCCGGGGACAACCACGAGCUUGAUGAGAUCGCUGUCGUAUCCAGUAAUGCCGAUCCUUGUCACGUCAAGUAUGGCAGUGGAACUACACUAUCCACCAUCAAUGGGCCCAGACUCGUUCCGGGAAUAAUCACAAGUGGAGGAGGAUGCAUGGUAGGGGAACGUUUAAGCAGCAGUGGAACGUGUUUGAAUGUCAGCCCGCCUAUGCAAGGGGGGGCGCCCACCACCGCCCCCCACAAAGCCAGCACGGAGAGCGUCCAUCGGGUUCUUAAAUCUGUCUCUAGGCAGAGCCUGCUAGACUUGGUCGGUUGUAAACUAGGAAUGUCAAAGAGCCGUCAACCUCAAAGCUACCAUCAACAACGUUACUUUUCAUCGUCUCACGAUAGCAUCUCAACGUCGUACAUCAAUAGAGCAGCGAAUGUUAGUUCGGCGGCGAGUGAAUUGGAUCUGUCAAGAAAAGCUCGAAGAAAAGACUUGAGAGGUCGAUUGAAAUUGCCUACGAGUGUAACUCUAGCCAGUUCCGGAGAAGCGCCGCUUCUUGGUGCUUGGAGGACGGCUCCGGGUUCCACCGCUGGAACCAAUCCUCCCUCCACCAAUCAUCUCAAUUCAACAAGCAGUUGUAACGGAACAGAAAGCCGGUACGGAUUUAGGAGAGGUGAAUCGUACAGUUCAAGGCUACGAACAGGGUCGGCAAAUUGGUCGUUCGUUUUUGAUCCUGCGGGAAGACUGUGCUAUUACUGGUCCAUGGUCGUCUCCUUAGCCUUUCUUUAUAAUUUUUGGGUCAUUAUUUACCGCUUUGCCUUUCGAGAAAUUGAUGCGAACACUAUCCUCGUGUGGUUCUGCUUGGACUACUUCGCAGACUUCCUCUACUUGGUGGACAUCAUGUUCCAUUUCCGGACCGGCUACCUGGAGGACGGCGUGUUGCAAACCGAUUCGACGAAACUGCGACACCACUACAUGAAUUCCACCACGUUCUACAUAGACUGUUUGUGCCUGUUGCCUCUCGACUUCCUGUACUUAUCCGUGGGUUUCAACUCGAUUUUGCGUUCGUUCCGUUUAGUGAAAAUCUACCGAUUUUGGGCGUUCAUGGAUCGCACCGAACGCCACACGAACUACCCGAACUUGUUCAGAUCCACCAGCCUCAUCCACUACCUCCUAGUUAUAUUCCAUUGGAACGGCUGUUUGUUCCAUAUCAUUUUAAAAAACGACGGCUUCGGCUCUAAAAACUGGGUGUACAGUGACUCGGAUAGUACGGAUUACGUGAAAGCGUAUUUGCAGAGUUAUUACUGGUGCACGCUAGCGUUGACGACCAUUGGGGACUUGCCCAGGCCUAGGAACAAGGGGGAGUAUCUUUUCGUCAUCUUCCAGCUGUUGUUCGGGCUUCUACUCUUCGCCACAGUAUUGGGUCACGUCGCUAACAUCGUAACCUCAGUUUCCGCCGCUCGCAAGGAGUUUCAGGAUAACUCGGCAAUAUCGAAACUCGACGGAGUCAAAACGUAUAUGAGAAUGCGCAGGGUACCAAACCAUUUGCAGGUGAAAGUGAUCAAAUGGUUUGAUUAUCUAUGGCUCACCCAAAAGUGUUCAGAUGAAGAAAGAGCCGUAUCGUGUCUUCCAGAUAAGCUAAAGGCUGAAAUAGCAAUCAAUGUUCAUCUAGAUACUCUGAAAAGGGUGGAGAUUUUUCAGAACACCGAAGCUGGAUUCCUGUGCGAAUUGGUGCUGCGGCUGAGGCCGGUCCUGUUCUCUCCCGGAGAUUAUAUUUGUAGAAAAGGCGAGGUCGGCAAAGAAAUGUAUAUAGUAAACCGAGGUCGCCUUCAAGUGGUCGCCGACAACGGGAGGACAGUCUUGGCCACUCUGAAAGCAGGGAGUUAUUUUGGGGAGAUUUCCAUCCUCAAUAUGGGCACGGCAGGUAAACACCUUGGAAACAGGAGAACGGCGAGUGUAAGAUCAGUGGGUUACAGCGAUUUAUUUGUAUUGAGUAAAAAGGACAUGUGGGACGUUUUAAAAGAAUAUCCUGCUGCUAGAGUUCGUUUGGAAGCUAUAGCCGUCAAGAGACUCGAGAAAUAUAAGAGGGCGCCUCUGGAGAAAGCUGCCAUGGGUCGCAGCCAGUCUACACCAGGUCUUGUUGAAUCACGCGGUAAAGUUCCUUUAGAAGAUAUGUGGGUACCUCCAGCUCUGGUAGGAUUUACUCCAGCCUAUCCUAGAUCGUUAAUGGGAUCUCCGCCCAGACCUGUACCAGAUAGUCCAUUAGGAUCAACAAGCAGCGGGAGAAGCCAUCACCACACUCCUGCUUCGCAUGCCAGAUCAGGCACAACAUUGCACUGCGACAGCAUGACGCAGCUGGUGUCGGGAACGGCGUCUCCGCUGUUGGGUUCUCACGAGGCGCUCGAGUCGGAAAUCAAGAGACUGCGUGAGAGACUCCACACUGUAGAGACCGAGAAUGCGGCAAUGAGCGAAAAACUCAACCAGCAGCAAUGGGAGUUGGAGAACCGACUCGCCGAAAUCGAGAUGCAGAUAUGCGGCUCGAGAUCGACCAGCAGUCUGGAGGACAACGAAAGAAACAGGGAGAGCAUCAUUUAACAACAAAAUGCGCUGCCUUACCACAUACUGCGAACGGCGACGUACGCGUUCGUUCAAUAUAUUGUGUAACGGCGGCAUCUAAUUGACUAUUAAAAACGAUUUUUAGUGAAAUUUUUACUGUUGCCAAAUUGUCUGGUGGACCGUUCACGAAAUAACUGCCAAAUUUAUGUAAAUUUUCCCUAAGUUAGUGUACACACCACCCUGUGAGUGAAACAUAUGUGUUAUAUUUGUCAUGGUGCUUCGAUCGAUAUUCGAUAAAUGCGUCAGUACGACGGUGCGUUUCUAUACAUAAUUAAUGGUGUCAAAGUUUGCAGAGGACCACGAUAUUACUUCAAGUCGCAUCACCUAAAAAAUACACACGAAAAACCCAAGGAAUUAUUCAACAGUGACGUAAAAAAGUUGACGGGAGAUUUAUGGGCUGGAUGACCCAUCAUUUAUUGCCAACGCAAAAAUGGCCUCUCGUCUUACAUCCACGCCAAAUUGCUACACUUUUUUCUCCUUCUCUCAAUAAAUUUUCAAAAUGCAUAUUUCUACAAUAAUUUGUUGGUCGAAUAUUAAAAACAGUAAAAUAUAAAUCCUCCAUUUGAUUAAAACUUACUUGAUGACGCAACUGUUAUAAGCUAAUUACUACAAAAUUUAAUUGUAACGUUACAAGAGAUUAAUUUCGUCAUCAUGUCCGUGUUGUUCCUAUUAUGGACUAUAAUAAUAACUUUCGUCUUAACUUUAUAAUGCUGAUUAACUCAAUGAAACUCAAAUUAAUCAUUUUGCUCACAAGACCUGACUUAAAAAAAAAUUAUUUCUUAUUUUAUUUGCUCAAAUUUAAUUUGGGCCCCAAAAUUUACGACUUUGUAAGGAUGAUUGGAAAUUCCGUUUUUAAAUUACCGCCAACACAGUAUUAUGCAUUGGAAAUACAAGAACGAGUGUUUGAUAAAAUAUUUAAUUUUGAUUCAAUUUUUAUUUCUUUUGCAACAAAUAAACAAAUAGUUACAAUUAUUAUUAGUUUUUGCCAAAUCAUAACAACACUUAAAAAACACUU